CUUAUCAUUUUCGCUUUGAGAUACAAAAUCAAUCCCUUGUGCAUUGAGAAAAAAUGUUUUCACUUUAUUCGUAUAUUUUCACAUUUUAAGCAGAGAGAUCUUUGAAACAUCUGGUUACUUGAUGCGUACUCUGGACGAAAACCUCGGGGCGACCAAUAAUCACACACUAUAUACGGUACAAUACGAUAUCACUCACACCGUUGGCGAAUAAUAGUUUGUAAUCUGUAUAUGUUUGUAAUCUGACAUUCAAUAUGAAAAAGUGUAAACUUCCGAAGAAUUGGAUUGUCGUCAACUCGAAGAGUCACCCAGAUAGAAUAUAUUACUUCAACGUAAAAACAAAGCAAUCCAUGUGGAAAGAGCCUAUGUUGGAACAAGCCAGUGAUAAGUCCUUAGAACACGUUAGGAAACGACGUAAAAAUUAUGACGAAGGGGAAGAACGUUCGAGAGCAAAAACACCUGAAGGCGACUCUGCUGGAGAUAAAAUAUUGGAUCAACAGCAGUCAUUGAGUAACAAAUGGCAUUUUCAAAUAACCGAGAAAACAGUAGAAGACAAACGAAGUAAUCAGACAAAGGGAAACCUGGCACAGGAUCGUAUGCAAAAAAUAAAGAAACUUUUAAGUCAUAAAAUGCAAAAUUAUAAAGAAGACAACUGUUCUGUAAUCGCUAAAAAACCUUCAGAAAGAUUGCACAAAUAUCGUUCUGUAUUGUGCUUGGAGGAGAAUGAUACACCACAAAUGAAGGCACUACGAGAAAAGAUUCUCCAAAGAAAAUUGGAAAAACCAGCGGUAAGGAGUAAGCCUUCGAUCAAAAAUCAAGAACACAGUUUGAAUCCGUUGCUUUCAAAGAAAUCUUCAGAACCGACGGAAAAUAAUAAAACAACUGUUUUAUCGUCCAAAAGAUCGCAUUCAGAAUUGACAGAAGACAAUGAUACAAGUUCAUCUUCGAGAAACACAUCUUCAAUGCUUUCAGGAUACAGCAAAGCAAUGACAUCUUUGGGUAAAAAUGACAAUAGGACGAUACUUACACCGCAAAUGCGUGUUCUUUAUGAGAAGAUCCAAAAAAAUGCGAGUACAUUUGAUACAAAUAAAAAAGCGAAAGGAGAUUCGAAAGGUAAGCAAGAGCUAAAAAUCAUGAAGCAAACGUUAGUGGAAACACCGGGAGAACAAGAAAAGAAUAUGCCAAAUAGAAGAAGUGAUUGGAAUAAACACGAUGUUAAGCAAAAACGAAAUAGUCAAACAAUCAAAAACGUUGCACAAGAUCGUAUGCAAAAAUUAAGAAAAAGUUUGAGUCAGGAGAUGCAGAACCAUACAGACGACUGUGUUACUGAAGUACCUUCAGAAAUACUCAACAAGACUUUUCCUUUUUCAUACGAUGGUGGAAAUAUUGCAUCGAUGAGCAUUCAUAAGAAUGCUGAAGUUCGACUUAAAAGAUUACAUAACAGAGUUUUGAAGGAAACGGUGUAUGGAAGAAAUUCUACAUUGAGCAACAAUGAAUUACAAAGACAACAAAAUAAUGAACCAGAUAUCGGUAUUGCAACAAAAAAUAAAUUAAUGAAAGAGACCAACCGGGAAGUUUUGUACGAAGAAAUGGACUGGGAACCAAUGAAAGAUGAAGAAAUUGCAUUAGAGAUUGAAGUUGUCAGAGCACAGCUUAACGAUAAAAAUUGCGUGAACGUGUUGUCGAACUGUCCGUUAGAAAAUACGGUGUUGACGCACCCCUCAGAAUCAAAGGAGAAAGGUCCACUGUACAUUGUUAUCGAUACAAAUGUGUUCUUGUCAAAUCUUGAAAUUAUUGAACAAGCAAGAGAUACCGCUUUCAAGAAUUACCCACGUCCGUUCAUCGUGGUUCCAUGGACUGUCAUACGUGAAUUAGACUACCUGAAGGAUGAUAAAUCCAGAUCCGAAGCUUUACGUACAAAAGCCAGGAAGGCUAUAUCAUUUAUUAAUGAUCAUUUUGCUUCUAAGCAUCCACGUAUAGUAGGCCAAACACGGGAGCAAGCGGCUACGAGUAAAGAAAACUUUUGCCUUGAUUGUCCGGAUGACGAAAUACUUCAAUGUUGUUUACAAAUUAGAAAUUUAAAAAAAGAUGUGGUUUUAUUGUCAUACGACAAGAAUCUCUGCACUAAAGCGAUGAUACAUUGUAUAACGACUCUGGGACGAAAUGAUCCUCUUGAAAAAUUAGAUGAUUUUGACACAUAUGACAAAAUAAUGAAUCCUCUGAGUAAUAACAUUCAACAUUCUAUCGUAAGCGAAGAAUUAACUUACGCGGACGAGCUUUUUGAGGAUGCAAAAGUGGUCAUGAAAGGUCUCGCUUCAACGAUUAUCGUUAAACAGAUGGAAGAAAUUUACGGAUCAGAAUGGGCGACAUACGUCAUUAUAAAACCACCUUGGACUGUAGUGACUGCAUUAAAAUGCAUUGUAAAGCACUGGAUCGCUGCUAUAAACGGAUCGUUUCAGCGACACGUUGAGCCUACCGCACGGGAAUUACUUGAAAUCUUUGAACGUCUACCGGUUGGUGGCAGAAAGUUGCAAGACGUAGAAUGUAUCUUGGAAAAAUGCAGUGAUCUAAUACAAGGGAUCAAUACGGACAAGCAUUAUGAGCUUAUGGUACAAUCGUUUAAUGCUAUUACGGAACUCAAGAAGAAAUGUCUCAAGUACAUCGCUGAGCUAGAUCGGAAAAAAUUACACGACAAAAUAGGAAUUGUAGAGGAUGCACGAAUACAAGAGCAGAAAACGGAGAAAACACUUCAAAGCUUUAAGCAAAUUUACAGUUACGCGCGUGACUUGUGUGGUACGAUGGCGAACAUCGCAGGCAAAGUUUUUCCUCUCAACUACAAUCCUAUAAAUCCACCAUUGUCGCAGGCAACUGUGAAACGUUUGCAGCCGGACAUUAGCAAGAAAGUGACGAAUUUGUCACAUAAUCUAAAUAAGUUACUGGUGCAAGCUGAAAAUAAUUCUAUAAAAUAUCAGACAUUGGUUAAUUUGCAGCAAGACUUGAAUGCAUUUUUGGUUUACGUAGAAACACUACCAAAUGAUCUGGGACUUUUGGAUAUAUUUUACUGUGUCACGUUAAGAGAGGAGGUAUUGAAGAUUGGUUUAAGACAACUGCAGGAUUUGGGUACACAUUAUCGCGCACUAUACUUAAAUCUUUGUACAUAAAAAUUUAUAUUUAUCAUAUGAUAAUAUAUAAUUCUUUUUCUAAGCACAUGUAAACAGGACGUAACGUAAUAUAUUUAGAACUAUGGUUAUUAAGAAAGAAUAACUGAUAUUAGGAAAAAUAUGGUGGGUGAAAGAAAUAUGACAUAUAAAUAUUAAAAGAAUUAUACAAAGAAUCAUACACUUUGUGCUUUUUUUUUGGAUAAGGCUUAUAGAAAGGAAAAAUGUUAGAAUAAUAUACUAAUACUCUUCGUAUAUUAUUUGAUACAUUAAUAAGCAUUAUAACAAUAAAUAUUGAUAGAUAACUUUACACAACGACACUUUUCUCUUUUGAUAUAAAUCGAUUAGAAAAUUAUGAACGUCCCUCUGUUUUUACCCGCUAUAUUUGAACAGUCAAGUUAUAUUAUACGAUGACGACGUAGAAUAGUAACUAUUACUGUAGACAUUACUGUGAUAUUUCCCUCAUUUUAAAAUAUUACUUUCUCUUUAUCAUCGCUAAGUUGCACACGUGAAAUGUUAUUUUUUUCUUAUACGCUGCUAUGGAAAAAUAAAUUCUUUUGCACAGCCGUAGCAAGAUCGUCGACGCUUAUAUACGUAUGUCUGUGUGUAUGUGUGUGUGUGUGUGCGC